AUGGGGUCGGGGGAGGGGAUCGCCUGCAAUGCUAAGCGUUUUUUUUCUCGUCCCUCUUUUGGAGGUGUCAAUAGUGGGUGUGUGUGUGUGUGUACCAUUUCAAGGACACACACACACACACACACACACAGACACCUCUUCUUAUGCACUUUUCUUGUAUCCACGAGGGGUGAGCGGUGCCGUUUUUCCUUUGUUCCCUUCCCUCUUAUGUAUUUUCUCCAUUUGUUCAUGUAUCUCCAGGUGAUUCGUAUUUCUUACCAUUUUUUUUUCUCCUUCCCCACUCGAUGCAUCGCUGAACGCAGCCGCAGCAUCUCUCCCCAUCUUCAACCGCAAGAGUUCUCCCUUACCUCCCUGAAUAUCCUAUGGGUUUCACGGCGCCUCCCUUCAUAA